AUGCCAACGCCGUCAUUACUCACUCACAACAACCGUGAGUUUGUCGAUUUCGAGAAAUCGAAUGAAGUGGAUCAAAGAGCCGAAACAUUUGCAACGGUCGAAGAAUUCUUGGGCAGAUAUGCCGAUCCUAAAGUGGCAAGGCCCAUUAAAACGUUGCUGAUUGCAAACAAUGGAAUGGCUGCAUUCAAGUGCGUUAUGUCCAUCAGACGUUGGGCACAAGAGACGUUUAAAGAUGAUCGUCUUUUUAAAUUCAUCAAUCUUACCACCGAACAAGAAAUAUCUUCGAAUCCAGAAUACCUGAAGAUGAUCGACAAUUUUGUGUUUUCACAAUCGGGCGGUAACGAAAGUAAUUAUGCGAACGUUGAUGAGAUAUUGAAACAUGCGACUGGCAGUGCAGUGGAUGCGGUAUGGGCCGGUUGGGGGCAUGCUUCAGAGAAUCCGGAUUUACCGAAUCGUUUAAAGGAAAACAAUAUUCUUUUCAUGGGACCACCAGGUCCGGCGAUGUUCACACUCGGCGACAAAAUUGCAUCCACUAUAUUGGCCCAAUCAGCACAAGUACCGGUGGUGCCAUGGUCAGGAAGUGAUCUGUAUUUGUCGAAAGAGGCUUGUGAGAAUAGUCGAAGCGAUAUCGAAGUGUCGAAUGAGUUGCGUAUGGCCGCAUGUGUGAACGAUCAUGAGGAAGCAAUACGCGUAAUGAAAGAAAAGAAUAUUCCUUUCCCAGUCAUGAUCAAAGCAUCUGAAGGCGGUGGUGGAAAGGGCAUACGUCAAGUUCGAUGUGAGGCUGAAUUCGAAGUGAACUUCCGACGUGUUCAAGCCGAAAUUCCCGGUGGACAUAUAUUUCUGAUGCAUUGUUUAGAGGGGGCUCGACAUAUCGAAGUGCAGCUGCUGGGUGAUCUGUAUGGACAAGUGAUUGCGUUAAGGACUAGAGACUGCUCAGUUCAACGAAGAUGUCAAAAAAUUAUCGAAGAAGCGCCAGCUAUUGCAGCACCUUUAGCUGUUCAACGUAGUAUGGAAGCGGAUGCAGUUCGUUUAGCGAAAAUGGUCGGUUACGUGAGCGCGGGCACUGUUGAAUACCUCUUCUUACCGAGCACCAACCAGUAUUUCUUCUUGGAGUUGAAUCCGCGAUUGCAGGUAGAACAUCCUCUGAGUGAAAUGUUAACGAAUGUCAAUCUGCCUGCGGCACAGUUGCAAAUAGCUAUGGGAGUGCCAUUGCACUGCAUAAGUGAAGUGAGAUUAUACUGCGGUCGAAGUCGUUAUGGCACUGAUCAAAUACCGUUCGAUGAAUUGCAUAUGUCUAGUGAUAAGCACAUCGUGUCCGUUCGAAUCACCAGCGAAGACCCAGAUGAGAAUUUUAGACCUGCUUCAGGUGAAAUAACGAAUCUCAAUUUUCGUUCUACCCAAUUUGUGUGGGGUUAUUUUUCACAUGUUGGUGCCGGUUCUUUACAUGAGUAUGCAGACUCACAAUUUGGUCAUUUGUUUGCAUCUGGAUCAACACGCCAUGCGGCAAUAUCGAACAUGCUCAAUGCACUACAAGAAUUACAAUUGCAGUCGAAAUUCCCCGUUACAGUACCCUAUCUGAUAUCAUUAUUCAAAGAUAACGAAUUUGAACGGAAUGAAAUUGACACGAAACAACCACCGUUAGCAAUGGCCGUCGCUUACGGUGCAAUGCUGAUUGCACAUUCGCGUAUCACCGAAGCGUUCAGUGCAUUCAGUAACUCGAUAAGUCGUGGUCAGAUUCUACAGCCAUCCGAUCUCACCGAAACCCAUCAGGUCGAGUUGAUCUAUAACAACGUCAAAUACAGCGUGACCGCAACUCGAACCUCAACUAUCGAUUAUAUGGUCAAGUUGAACGGAUCGAGUGUUCGUGUGGAAUACCGUGAAUUACGAAAUGGUACUUUAUUGCUCAAAUAUAAUGAACGUUCGCAUCCGUGUUAUGUGGACGAAGAAGCGGAACGUUAUAAAAUUCAUAUCGGCAGAACACAGAUAACGUUUGAAAAAGAGAACGAUCCGACGGUGCUACGUUCUUCGUGUGCCGGUAAAUUGUUAACAUAUGAAGCAGAAGAUGGUGAUAUAUUGAAACCAGGUCAAUUGUUCGCAAGUAUGGAGAGUAUGAAGGUGGUAUUAGAUAUGCGAACCAAGAAAGUUGGUGGUCGUUUUAAACGUAUCGCACAAGUGGGUCAAGUGCUACAUCCGGGCACAUUGGUGGCUCGUUUGGAAGCACAGGCCGGAUGUGAAGUAACAAAACCGACUGAUUUUGAGCAGCAAGUUCGUAAUGUCUUUGAUGGUUAUUGCAAGUGCGAUCCAACAUUCGACGCUUACGCAGAAAGUUUAAUGCAAGCAUUAUUUGACGUAUUGCACGAACGUUCAUUACCCUACGAACAAACUCGUCAAAUAUUAGCAGUGCUAAAAUCGAGAAUCAAACCGAAUGUUCUUAAUAAACUGCAUUCAUUCGUUGGCCUUGCCAAUUCGUCAGACGGUAAUACUAUCAAUCAUAUCAUGCCACAGUUUCCAGCUGUUCAAAUACGAGAUUUUGUUAACGAAUAUUUGGAAGGUUUGGAUCCACAGAAGUUAACAAUUGAACGCUUGAAUUUUGCACCAAUUUUGGCAAUUUGUGAGAAGUUUGCAAAUGGUGAAGAGGGACAUACAAGUUUGGUAUUAAAUGAACUGUUCAAUUAUUACUUACAAGGAGAACAAUACUUUCAGUAUCAUGAAUAUGACAAAUGUGUUUCGAAUUUGCUAGCUGAGGUGAAAGAUACGGAACGUUGUGUUCGAAUGAUUUAUUCGCAUACACGAAUCAACGAAAAGAAUCUGUUGGCAAUGAAAAUAUUGAAACGUAUGAGUGUGAAUCGACGUUUGAUUUUAGCGCAAACAGCGAUUUUGGAGAAGAUGGCUGCUUUUGUGAGAAAUGAAAACAUCGAAUUAGCGCAUGUGGCAAGAGCAUUGUUAAUCGAUGCUGAAACACCGACUUACACUGAAAUUAAAUUGAGGGGUUCGUCACCAAGUCCAUCGAAUUUGGAGAAAUACGAAAUUUUAUUCGAAACAUUCGAUAGCAGUUUUGAGUCAGUACGAAAAUAUGUGACGAUUUGUUGCGGUGUUCCUGAACGAUGUUUAGUACGUCUGCAUGAUGGACAUCCAAAUGAUGUGCGAUUUCCGAUACGUGUUCAGAAAAUUGCGUUGGUGUUACGUUUGUUGAUAGAUUAUUCACAUGGUCUCGGUUUACCAAACGAUGUUGUCGAAGAACACAGUGUUGAUUUUCGUAUUCUGGGUGAUUUGGAUGCAAUUGAGUAUUCGUUGAACGAAGCCGUUGAAAAAUGCACUGAAUUGAUGAUGAAUUUGCGAAACGAUGUAGUGAGUCAAUUGGUGAUAAUGAUCGCACCAAGUGAAUCCUAUCCUCUGCAUUUUUAUUACGAUAUGAUCAAUCGCGAAGAGAUCGUUUCACGACGUAACGUUCAUUUUGCACAUUUACCGAAAUUGGGUCUGAGACGGCUGGAAGAGAAUUAUAUUAUUGAAAAAGUUCGUUCCCCGCACGGUCUAGUUGGACACCUAUACCGGGCAAAAGGCAAGCAAGAUAGCACUGAACAUCGCUUCUUCUAUAGAGCGGUGGUUCGUGUUGUUGACAGCUAUACGGCUAGCGAGGUGACAUCCACUUUGAAGAAGGCAUUAAAAAGAGCCGCCGGUGAGAUAGCAGUUGGCCUAUAUCGUUCCAAGACAAUCGACCGCAAUCAUGUGUUCUUGUUUAUUGAUCGAACGCCAUCAGCCAACAAAAUACAAAUGAGUCCAGCUGAUUGGCGUAAUGUUGUUUAUAAGGCUUAUCGAGAUUGCAAGGACUAUCUAUGGCGUUCGCAUGUAAAUCAAGUGGAAGUGGAUUUUGUGUUAUUUGGUGAAAGGCGAAGUUAUGAGCAAGCCACAAAAAUCUUAAUCACUGAUGAUACUGGUUUUACGCCAUGCAUACGGUUCCUUAAAGCUGAAGCUAUAAAUGGAAAUUCAACGCCGAGUCGGUGGGUUCAUGUGGAUGCUGGUAUGGAUGGUUUUGAGCAUGGUUUGGAGAUAAUGGUUGAGGGUGAUGACAGUGGGCAUGGGGCCGAUUGGAAUCCUUUCAUCGAUCCGUAUUUAGGUCGAUCUGAGUUGGAUAAGCGACGUUUGAAAGCGCAUGCUGCCAAAACGACUUAUGUUUACGACUAUCCACUGCUAUUUCAGCGAGCUCUAAUUGUUGAAUGGACCACAUCGCCAUCCUCAACGAAACGUCGUGAACGUUUGCUACCGUUGCAAAAAGAGUUGUGUGAAUUUCGUGAGUUGGUUUAUGACGAGCAAAAGCGACAGUUGAUCAUGCGCGAGGAUGCUGGUUCACUGAGUGAAAUCGGUAUGGUUGCUUGGAAGGUGCGUUUGGUGGUGCCGGAAUAUCCGGAAGGACGUGACGUUAUCAUCAUUGCGAACGACAUUUCGCAUCAAAUUGGCUCAUUCUCGAUGCGUGAGCAUAACCUCUAUAAUGCUGCAUCGAAGCUGAGUCGUUUAGAGGGCUUGCCACGUAUCUACAUCGCUGCAAAUUCCGGCGCACGUAUUGGUCUAUCAGCUGAUUUGAAGAAAUUAUUCCGUAUUAUGUGGAAAAAGGAAGAGAAUCCAGAGCAAGGCUUCGAUGGACUGUAUUUAACGGAUGAUUCGUUAGAAGAAGUGAAAAAUUUAGUUGCUGUCGAAAGAAAUGGUGGUUUCAAUCAGCUGACUGGAAUUAUUGGAAAAGAGCGUGAUUUGGGCGUUGAGAAUCUUGUUGGAUCGGGCUUGAUCGCAGGCGAAACGUCACGUGCCUAUAACGAUGUAGUAACAUAUUGUCUGGUUACUGGACGUACGGUUGGUAUUGGCGCCUAUGUGGCCAGAUUAUCACGACGCAUAUGUCAGGUAGAAAACGCUGAUAUAAUACUGACUGGUGCACCGGCAUUGAACUCGUUGCUUGGUCGUGAAGUAUAUACGUCGAACGGACAAUUGGGUGGCACGCAGAUUAUGACACGAAAUGGUGUGUCACAUUCGUCCGUGGCGAAUGACUUUGAUGGUGUGUGUCAGCUACUUAAAUGGUUAUCUCAUACGAAAAAAUCGACGAAGGCACCAUUUAAACAACACAAAUUCAUCGAUCCGAUCGAUCGAGCUGUUUCCUUUGUUCCAUCAGCAAACAAAGACAACGAUCCGAGGUAUAUGCUGACUGGACAUCAAGAUAUGACCACAUUGGAGUAUUUAGACGGAUUGUUCGAUCGAAAUUCGUUUGAAGAGGUGAAGCCAGGCUGGGGUAAAACAGUGAUUACCGGACGAGCGCGUUUAGCGGGUAUAAGUGUUGGUAUAAUAGCGGUGGAGACACGCAGCGUUGUCACUGAAAUACCUGCCGAUCCAGCAGCACCGGAUUCACAAGUAAAAUAUAUCCAGCAAGCCGGACAAGUUUGGUACCCGGAUUCGGCGUACAAAACAGCUGAAGCAAUCCUUGAUUUCAACAAAGAAUCACUUCCACUUUUCAUAUUAGCCAACUGGCGUGGCUUUAGUGGUGGUCAGAAAGAUAUGUUCGAAAUGGUACUCAAAUUUGGUGCGUAUAUUGUCGAUGAGCUGUCUCGUUAUGAGCAUCCCGUAUUUGUGUAUAUACCGCCAUACGGUGAAUUGCGCGGUGGCGCGUGGGCAGUUGUUGAUAAGACCAUAAAUCCUUUGUUCAUGCAUAUGUAUGCUGAUCAUCGCUCGAAAGGUGGCAUUCUGGAACCUGAGGGUACGGUUCAAGUAAAAAUGAGAAAGGAUAUCGUUCCGUUAAUGUAUCGUUUGGACAAACAACUGCAAGAAUUACGGGCACGUCAGAAGAAUGGUGAGGAUGUGAAUAGCGAAAUAGAAGCACGAAUCGAAUUCUUGACGCCUACUUAUCGAAAUAUUUGUAUAAACUUCGCAGAUUUACACGAUACACCCGUUCGAAUGAAGGCCGUUGGUGCUAUUCAGGGAGUUGUUCGAUGGGAAGAUUCACGAGCGUUCUUCGCGAAACGUCUUCUUCGAUUAUGUACCGAAAGAGAUAUUUAUCGAGAGUGCGGUGAUGUGCGAGGUGUAGAAGAAUUGUAUAAUUUACACGAAUCAUUAUUGGAGUACAUGAAGAUGACUCGUGGAAAUGAGUUUGAUUGGGAGAAUGAAAAUGAUGAAGAUGCAUUGAAGAUACUCGAUAAUGAACGAGCGAAUAUCAUUUCGUUCAUUACUUGUAAUGAUUUCAAACGUUUCGCUCAACGAUAUGGAGUGCCUGUCGAUAAAUUAAACGAGUUCGCCUCAAAAUGUGAUCAGCUUUUACGAGAGAUCAAGGGUUGA